AACAGCCAAUAUUUGUUGACAUUUAAUGAUAACCUAAAAAAAAGGUGCCAUGUAAAUACCACCGAAAUACAUUUAUAUUUUAAAAUAAAAAUAUUUUAAACAAGAAAAUUUUAACUUUUAAUAGUAACCAAAAAUGGCAGCUGAAGCAACGCUCGUUUCCAAGUAUAUUACAAUAUUUUUUGUAGUAUUUGGUUAUUGGAUUGUUUCUAUUUCUACAGUAUUCGUCAAUAAAACGUUAUUAAGCCACAUAAAUUUAGAUGCCCCAAUGUUCAUAAAUCUUACUCAGACGUUGAUAACAGUUCUUAUAUGUUAUAGUAAAAAGAAAUUAAGCGAUGCUUUUCCAAACAGAUUCAAAUUUCCAGAUGUGGAUUUAUGGGACAGGUAUACAUUACAAGCGGUGUUUCCACUCGCUCUUUUAUUUACUACAAUGAUUUCAACUAACAAUUUGUGCUUAAAAUAUGCAUCAGUUGCAUACUAUUAUAUUGGACGAUCUCUAACUACUAUAUUUAAUGUAAUAUUUACAUUUUUGAUAUUAGGAGAGACAACAUCUAAAAGAUGUAUUGCAUGCUGUGCAGUUAUUAUUGGUGGAUUUUGGUUAGGGGUGGAUCAAGAAAAUUUGGCAGGAAGCUUAUCAGUGCCAGGUUUUAUAUUUGGCAUACUGGGUUCUCUAUCCUUAUCAUUGUUCUCAAUAUUUACGAAGAAGGUUUUACCAAAACUGCAAGGAGAGAUUUGGGCAUUAUCUUAUGCCAAUAAUGUUUAUGCCAGCAUUUUAUUGUUUCCUAUUAUGGUUUUAAAUGGAGAAUUGAAGGAGUUGUAUAAUUAUGACAGAUUUUCAGAGUCAUUCUUUUGGAGUAUAAUUUUAAUUGGUGGUAUUUGUGGAUUUACUAUUGGAUUCUUUACAUCUUUACAAAUAAAAUACACAUCAGCAUUGACUCAUAAUAUAUCCGGUACUGCCAAAGCAUGUGCACAAACAGUAUUGGCAACUUACUGGUACCAAGAGACAAAGUCAUUGUUAUGGUGGAGCUCAAAUUUGAUAGUAUUAUUUGGAAGUGCUUGUUACACUUGGAUAAAACAGAUCGAUAUGGAGAGGAGACACAAGGAAAAUGUCGUUUAUCAAAGAGUCUAAAAAUUUCCUAAUACUUUCUUGAUGUUAUUUUUGGACAUUGUAACCAAAAAAUAUUCCAGUAUAAUACAUAUGUGAUAUAUAUUUAGCAUUAUGUAAGUUAUCAAGUUAAAAUAAAUAUGU